AUGGACGAACCCCGCUCUCUCAAAGCCCUCUGGGCAGACGCCGAAGCCAAACGCCUCUCCCUCGAAACCACCAGCUUCCCCCCGAUGUCCACCGACUACCGCGACGCCGUGUCCUCUGCCAUCACUCUCUACAAUGACUGCCUGACCCUGAUCAGCAAGCUCUCGCUCUUCAGCCCGAACGAAUCCCUCGAGGAUCUGCACACCAAUGACCUGCCCUUCCUCUUGACCAACUUCUACCUCGCCGAGCUCACGCAAAAACUCCCUUCUUCAGGAGCCUCCGAGCGCAAGCAUCUAGUGUCAGCCGCUCGCGACGCCUAUGAGAGAUUUCUCCACUUGCUGGAUAGCUACGGCCUACUAUCGCAGCAGUAUAAGAAGCUCCUCGAGCAAUAUCACGAUAGUCCGACCACGUUCAGCACCAUCCCGGCGGCAUCCGACCCCGUCUCUCGUCGCAACGCCAAGAUUGCGAACUACAGGCAGGAAAAGGAGCUCAAAGCCAAGCUGGAGUACCUCCGCAGUCGACCCGGCUACGGCGCCGGAGAAGAAGCCGAAGACGGCAAGCAGGACGGCGGCGACGAAGAUCUCGUCCGCCAGGUGCACCUCGCGCAUCUCGAGUACUCGGUACACAUGACCUUCCAAGCCCUGGAAUCCCUCAACCGGGAGUGGGAAAUUCUGGCAAUGGCGCCACCGGAACCAAGCGAAGCCCAAAAAGCGCAGCAGCAGGCCGCAGAGGAGGACGCUCGUCGGAGACAACAACAGGAGAGGAACAAAGACGGCUACAGCGAGAAGCUUGACCCACCGUUGCAAUACGGCCCCGGUAGUCGCAUCCCGGGAGGACCAUUGCUGUCCACAGAUGGCAAACCUUUGCGCCCAUUCACAUUGGUCAACUCGCGGCAGGAGAUCGCGAAGGGAGUCUUCCGGCCAGGACAUAACCUGCCAACGAUGACGAUCGACGAGUACUUGGAGGAGGAGAGACGGCGGGGCGGGAUUAUCGAGGGAGGGGGAGAAAAGAGCUGGCAGCAGCCGGAGCCGGACGAGGAUAACAUUGAGAAGGCGGACGAGGAGACGAUGAAAGCGAGGGAGUGGGACGAGUUUAUCGAGAAUAAUCCGAAGGGGAGCGGGAAUACUCUGAAUAGGGGUUGA